GUGUCCGGGGCGGUUACCAUGGAGAUGCCAAGAACCCAGCAGGCCGCUGUUUUGAGGGCACGAUGUGGGCAGUUAGGAUCAGCGACCAACAGAAAAAUGCGGGAAAUAUUCGUUGCUUUCUAAUGGAAAUUGGAUGUCCUUGAGCUCCAUGCCCAAGAAAUGGCAGUUCUGGUGAAGUCAGGAUCUCUGGUAACAGCCGACUGGCUCAGCUCUGUGGAUGGCCAGGAGUAUCUAGCCAGCAUCUUGCGCAAAAACAAGAGAAAAGUGUUUGGAUUACUUGAGCGACCAGUGCUCCCUCCACAGAUUGCACCUGACAUUGCUAGUUACAAGAUCUUUCUGUCUGGGAAGAGUGGAGUGGGAAAAACUGCAGCAAUAGCAAAGUUUGCUGGUUUAGAAAUCUCCAGUGUACAUCAUGAGACCACAGGAAUUCAGACAAGGACAGUUUAUUGGCCAGCAAAACUGGUGGAGAGUGGUCGAGUGAUCAUGUUUCGCUUUCAGUUCUGGGACUGCGGUGAGGCCUCACUGAAGAAAUUUGACCACAUUCUUGCAGCCUGCAAGGACAAAGCUGAUGCCAUCUUGUUCCUUUUCUCCUUCACUGAUCGGUCAUCAUUCAACGAUUUGCCUAGUCAAAUGUCACGGAUCGUGGAUGAUUCUGAGAAAAUUGUUAAAAUUGUGAUUGGCACCAAAUUUGACCAGUACAUGCAUACUGAUGUUACUGAGAGGGAACUUCGCGAUUUCCAGCAAACGUGGCACCUGCCUGUCUUCAAAAUGAAGAGCAUCAAUGGUCCACGAUUGUCAGAUGGAAAAACUCUUGAUGGCAAAGCAGGGCUGCUGGAGGGGGAUGACAAUGAUGAAGACUUGUGUAUUAAUUCCAACAGUGGUUACAGCCCUGACCACAGAGGGAACUAUUUCAGUGAUGGGACAACAAAAGUUGAUUUUGUGCUUGUUUGGGAGGUGAAAAAGAAAAGGUCAAAAAGGCAGAAAGUGAGGUCCUCAUAUCAGGAAAUGGAAAGAGAAGAAAAAGAUCCAACAAAAAUGAACUUGUACAACAGACAUGAAAAAUGGAGAAACAAAUUUGUGAAAAAUUUACAGAAUGCAGGGCUUUUGAUGGAGAAGGAUAUAACUAUCAGUGAGAAGAAGAGUAUCCAUUACCUGAAGCUGAGUGCCCCCUGGGAUGUACUGGUGUAUUAUGCUGAAGAGUUGUCGCUGAGGGCUCCACUACAGGCUCUGCCCAACCCCUGCAUGAAUAUGUCUGAGAUAAUCCUGGAAAAGCUCAGUAUUCCCAACAUAAUGACUGAGCAUGUUCCCAACAGGCCAGUGGAUUAUUACACCUGUCCCUUCCGUAAAUCCAAGCUGGACAAGUUUUUGGGAAGCUAUAAUCAUGAGACAUACUUUACUAACACGCAGAGGCAUCGGAUUGUUUGUGAAAUUCUAGCCACAACAGUGUACGGGAAAAGGAAAAGAAUACAAGUUGGGAUUGAUCGCUUGCUAAAUGAAAACGUCAUUACAUCUGCCUUCCCGCUCCAUGAGGGCCCCUAUGAAUUACCAGAGUAUGAAGUACCUCCAGAAAGUCUGAAUCCAAGACAAAGUUUGUAUAAGUAUUGGGCUCGUUGGUCCCAGUGGUAUAGAUAUCAACCACUUGAUCACAUCCGAGAGUACUUUGGAGAAAAGAUUGCCAUUUACUUUGCUUGGCUGGGCUUUUAUACAACUUGGCUUCUCCCUGCUGCUAUAGUUGGGACAUUGGUCUUCAUCUCUGGGCUGAUGUCAAUGAAUACAAGCAAACCAGCAGAAGAGAUUUGUAAUAGCAGCAACCUGUAUCUCAUGUGCCCUCUCUGUGACACUUGUGAUACCUGGAAUAUUUCAGAGAUCUGUUCCAUGGCUAAACUUGGUUACCUCUUUGACCAUCCUGGCACAGUCUUCUUCAGCAUCUUCAUGUCUUUCUGGGCAGUGGCCUUCUUGGAACACUGGAAACGGAAGAAUGCCACUCUGGCACAUCACUGGGAUUCCGUGAACUUUGAGGAAGAGGAGGAACGUCCCAGACCUGAGUUUGCUGCAAGGGCACCAACGAUGGAACAGAAUCCAAUCACUGGAAUCAAGGAGCCAUAUUUCCCUGAGAAAGAUCGCCUAUCCCGAAUCAUCACAGGAUCAAUGAUUAUCAUAAUUAUGUUGCUUAUAGUGAUGAUUUUCCUGGUGACCGUGAUCAUGUACCGUGGGAUUAUCAGUGUGAUGAUGUACCACACAGGCAACACUAUCCUAAAGACUCAGGCUGGAAACAUAGCGAAUAUCAGCAGCUCCUUAGUAAACCUUAUUCUCAUCCUGCUCAUGGGCCAGAUCUACACUUCUCUGGCAGAAAAACUCACCAGAUGGGAGAUGCACCGCACACAGUCGCAGUUCGAAGAUGCAUUCACAUUUAAAGUGUUUGUGUUCCAGUUUGUUAACUUCUAUUCCUCUCCAUUCUAUGUGGCAUUUGUCAAAGGAAGGUUUGUGGGUUACCCAGGACAUUAUGGAAAGCUGUUUGGGAUGAGAAAUGAGGAUUGUGGCUCAGGAGGAUGUCUGAUUGAACUAGCUCAGCAACUUUUCAUAAUCAUGGUCGGGAAACAGAUGAUCACCAACAUUGAGGAGUUUGCCAUCCCGAAGCUAAAGGCCUGGAGGCAGAAACGAAAACUGGCCGUUGCCAGGGGCUCUCAGAUCUGUCAAGAGCACAAACAAUGGGAGGAUGACAAUGAACUCAUUCCCCCUGAAGGCUUGAUUGAUGAGUAUCUAGAAAUGGUCCUACAGUUUGGAUUCAUCACCAUCUUUGUGGCUGCCUUUCCACUGGCUCCUCUUUUUGCUUUACUUAAUAACUGGGUUGAGAUUCGUCUAGAUGCUCAGAAGUUUGUGUGUGAAUACCGGAGGCCAGUGGCUGAGCGUGCUCAGGACAUCGGAGUCUGGUUCAAUAUCCUUGAAGCGUUGGCUCAGCUUUCGGUCAUUUUUAAUGCCUUCCUGAUUGCAUUUACGUCUGAAUUCCUGCCCCGCCUACUCUAUCAAUAUGAACACAGUGUUCACUUGGACGGAUACAUAAACUUUACAUUAGCAUAUGCUCCCAACACCUAUGUGCAAAGCAAUCAUACCAUGUGCAGGUACAAAGCAUUCCGUGAUACAGAUGGAAAUCUCACACUGUUCUACUGGAAGCUGCUGGCUGUUCGACUUGGAUUUAUCAUUGCUUUUGAGCAUGUGGUGUUUUUUAUUGUCCGUAUUAUUGAUUGGAUAGUACCGGAUAUUCCAGAAUCCCUUGAGGUGAAAAUGAAACGGGAGCGGUAUCUGGCGAAGCAGGCAUUAGCAGAUAAUCAGGAUAUUUAUCUGUCGGAAGCAGUACUUUCGACAGAACCGUAAGCCAGCAAGUAGCAGCUAGGCCCCGUUCUGGGGAAAGGGGCUCACUGGCUGAAUCACCUGAAAAUAGCCCACCCAGCUGUUCCCAAGGCAAUAGGUGAUGUGGGGAUGUAGUCGCAGGAUGAUGGUAUUGAUUCACUCAGACAAGUCAAUGCUUUUGGUUUGGCAUCUGCUGCAGAUGUGGCAUAUUAUACCCUAACCAGCUGCCUGUGCAUGGCUGUGCAGCAUCUCUGUUUUAGCGAUGGAUAAAAGCAUCAAGAUUGACCCGUUCUGCUCUCCCUCCUCCAAACUCCCAACAGUGCUAAGGAUUGAAAAUACAUUGUGUGCUGACUGAUAUUUCCCUUUUCCUGAAUAAAGUGGCUCUCUGUUGUUACUGUCCUGAACACAUAUCCAACGCUGAUGGGCUGUUCCGUUGUGUUCUCCUUAAUGCGUUAGCACUGUCACCCACAACACUAAUUCCAACUGACUGAAGUAUAAGUGUGACAGUAUAGCAUAAAGUAUGCAACUUUUUGCCACUACAUCCUUAAACCUUUGAGGCCUGUGUGUGACUAGAAAUGCCCUGGUCAUGAACCCCGAAAAGGAUGGAACUCCUCAAAGACGAUGUCAACCCUACUAAGGUGAGCAAGCAGGCUGUGUCAAGGAGCUGACCAGACACAGCGAGGACACAGAUUUACACUUCAGCUACCAAAAGAGCCCAAUUUGAAAUGCCCCGAAUCCCUCUGUCUAAUUCCAGAGCAGGUAGACACAGGCAUUUAAGGCAUACAUAUGUUUUUGGACCAUGCACAAACGCACAUGAACAUGUUGCCAGUUGCUCGAACUGUGGAGGAACUCUUUUGUUCAGUAGUAAGCCUUAGUUGAGCCUUGCUGGGCUGGUAUCUACAAGCCGAACAAGAAAGCAACAGAGCGCUGCCCUGCUUGGAAACAUGACAACAGGAAGACCAAACCAUUUGAAUAUAUAUCACUGCUGCUUUGCCUUCUUACUGUGCAUCAAUCACAAAAGUAAAAGAGUUGCUCAAUAAAGAAUAUAGAUCCAAACGAUAUGUGACCUGAACUUGGUCCUCACUGCAUUUUUGCUUGGUAGAGAUCUGUAUUUUCAGUAACAGUAUGUAACCUCAAAGACUCACAUGUAAAACUUGUCAAAUGACUCCCGUAUCUCUACUCUGCAUCUAUUCCAACCUUUCUUGUCUCUCUCUGUCUCUCUAUUUUAUCAAAACUACUACAGCUGAUGCUCAUCUGAACUUGCCUAUUUUGUUCCAAACAAAAAUUUGAAUUGCUGGAAAAGCUCAGCAGAUCUGGCUGCAUCUGUGCCGAGAAAUCGGAGUUAAUGUUUUGGGUUGAGUGACCCUUCCUCAGAACUAAAUAAAAACUAAAAGAACUGCAGAUGCUGUAAAUCAAGGGCAAAAACAGAAGUUGCUAGAAAAGCUCAGCAGGCCUGGCAGCAUCUGUUUAAAAAAAAGUUCAGAGUUAACGUUCUGAGGAAGUAUCAUUGGACCCGAAACAUUAACUUUGAUCUUUUUCUUCAUAUAUGCUGCCAGACCUGUUGCGCUUUUCCAGCACUUUCUGUUUUUGUUACUGACGUAUAGCACCUGCAAUUCUUUCAGUUUUUAUCUAGUAUUUAACUCACUGCCACGUCACUUCCGUGCAUUGCCCACCUUGAAGAUGUUUUUGCCUAUUUUGUUUCUCCCCACUUCCCCUUCACAGUGUUGAAAUAGGGGCAUACCGCACCAGCUUAGAAGCCAACUCAAAAUUCAAUUUUUUCUCCAUAUAUCCAUAUAUGUAUAUUUAUAUACAGAUGUAAAAUUAACCACUUGUAUUUAUAAUAGCACCUUUAGUGUAGUAAAACAUCCCAAACUGCUCGGCAAGAAUGUCCAAAAGCAAAGUAUUAUUUUGGGGCACAUGAGACAAUAUUGGUGCAGAUGCUGCAAGAGAUUUUGAAAUUUGUCUUAAGGGAUGAAAGAAUUGAGCAGAGACAGAAAGAUUUAGGAAGGGAAUCUAGUCCUAGUACAGCUGAAGGUACAGCCACAAUUAAAAUAUCUUGCGCCUCAAUGCCAAACUUUAUUUGACAAAUGACCAUGUGAAGCGCCUUGUGAGAUACAAUGUAGAUGCAAGUUGUUCCAGGGGUGUGCAGGCUUUUACUUUGUGCUUUAUCAGUUUCUGAAGAUAUGCCAAAACACUUUAUAGCUAAUUAAUUGGUUUUUAAAUGCAGUGACUAUUUGUAAUAUUGGCAAAUGCAGCAGCCAGUUUGCUCACAGCAGGGACCCACAAAGAACAAGUAAAAUGGAGGCAGUCAGUCUGCUUUGCUGGUGCUGGUUGAAGGUGGAAUAUUGAUGUGUACACCAGGAGCUUCGGUUAGUUUUGUGAGAUCUUUUACAUAUACAUGAACCACUGGCAGAUAGAACAUUCCUUCAUUAAACAUCUCACCUAAACAGUAGAGUCUUGGAUAGUAGGCCUCCCUCAGUACAGCCCUGCAGAGUUAGGAUAAUCAUGUGCAAAUGCAGGAAGGGAGCUUGAAGCUCCAUCAGCAAUAUGAGUGUUACCCACUCAACCAAACGGUCACAUUCUUAUUCCAAUGAUUGGGAUAAAGAGACACCGCUAAUGGAAGGACAGAUUAAUACAAUACCUCCAUCCUUUAGGGCAUGUUGUUGAACUAAUGGGAAUGAUGGCUGUUCCAACUGAAAAUUAUGUUCCGGUCCAGCUGAGAUGGCUUUGACCCCUGAGGUAAACUAAGAACUUACAAAUACUUACUCCAAUCCAAUACACUGGCAAGUGCUUGUGAAGGGGCCUGCUUUAUAUCGAAGGAAGCAAAUACAAAGUAUGUGUUCAGUGCUGUGAAUGUCUCUGUUCUCUCCAUAAGUUUUACCAGGACUGCUUUGUUUCCAAACCGUUACUCUUCAUUCCAGUCCUGACAUUACAUCAUCGGCCUCAGCAAUGCACCACAAACCGCAACACUGAUUUGAGACUGUUUUGUGAUUUAUGCAUCCUUUAAGGAAAAAAAACUAAUGAUUAAUAUAGAUCCAUUCAGACAGAAGCUAAAGACCAAAUUUUUCCUUAAAAUCAAGUGAAUAAAUUGUCCUCUGGCAGUCCUGUGAGAGUCACGAAGAUGUUUAGAUGUGGUUCUAUUGCCUCUUUAAUGUAAUCAUAGUUGUUUGUGCUUUUUGUUCUGAAACUUGCAUUCUAAAUUGCUACAAAUCACACUGUGCGUAAAACACUUGCUGAACUGGUUUGUAUCUUCUGUACAUUUGCAUAUUUAGAUUGCAGAUGAAGUCUGACCUGGAUAUAUACCAACAUAUUUUGAUUGAAUAAACUAGUUCAUGUAAUAGUUUAUUUGAAAUUUUGUUCUUUGGAGUUAAGUUAUAUAAGAUUUAUUCCUUUUUUUUUAUUCCAACUUCUUGCUUCUCUAGAUCUUUGAGAAGAAUUACAGGUUCAAUAGUGUUCGACAUGUUUUAUUCCAUAAUUCUCCCUUUUUUUGGCAUAAUAAUCGGCAGGGCAGACAGUCUGACAUCUCUGUUCCAUUUUUGUCUUAUUUUGCCUAUUUUAUUAUAGGUAUCUUUCAUUUCUGUGUUUGAAAUUGCUUUCAUAAGUAGCGGAUUCUUUGAAUCAACAAGUUAACUUUCUCUUAACUCUGAUCUUUUAAACUGUGAAAUUUUAGAUAGGAUACAAGCACUCAUGAAGUUAAAUGCAGUUUUCAGACUAUUAUAUUUGCCAUGCGGUCUCAGUAAAGUUCUCUGCAUGAACUCUUACUAUUUGUUUCAUCAGCAAUUGGUUCUAUUUU